AUGAAGAUGCCCAGGAAGAAGAUCACAUUUAAAACGCCUAGAAAAGGAGCAAAGACACCCACCAGGCAGGUAAUAUCUGAGGAAUUGAAAGAAAACACGGAAUUGUCUGAACAGAGGCCAAGCGAAGGGAUAAAAAACACAGAAAUGCCAAAGCCACAGGAUACCGCGCUACGAUACAAGCAGAUUCUUGAGGAGAUAAAGGUAAAGGAAGAGGAGCUGAUAGGAAGUUAUAAAAAGGAGAAUGAGUAUUUAAGGUCGCUGAAGACAGAUGCGCUUCUCUACAAGAGGUUUGUUGGGUUUGACAUUGUCGAAUCCGAUGGGUCGUAUGAAGUGACACAUGAAGUUGUAUCAAACAACAUCACAAAGUCAAUCAGAUUUGUUCUACUUCCUGAAGAUGGCGCAUAUGUGUACAAGCUGGUGGAAUCAAGAAACAUCGAACUGCCGGACUUCCUCAGCGAGGAGAUAACAUUUGACGAGUGCCAAGUAAAGACAUUCUUCUUCAAGGUCAUGGAGGCAGUCAUCACGAAGAAGAGUUAA